GCGCUGAUUCUGUUCCACCAAUAGAAAGAGCGCAGAUGGGCGAGGGCGGCUGCUUCCUGGAGACCGCAGGUGUGGAAGCGAGCGCCGCUCCUCGAGCCCCAAGGGCUUCUGAAGCCAGCAGCUUCUUCAGGAAAGUGAGAUACUUGUUUCCCUUGCUGCUUGAAGUCCCUGCCCCAAGCCUAGGCGUGCCCCUUCAAGUUACAGUUGAAGUGUAAGGAUCAGAGUAAAGAUUACUAUUAACGUCUUGAAGAGUAGAGGACCCAUCUCGUCUUUCAAGUUUUCUUCCCUAAGUCUUCAGUUUUUCCUUUGCGCGCAGUGGGGGAAGUUCUUUCUUUCCCAAUAGAGGUCAGGGGAUUUGGACUAUUCAGGAGACAACUUGGGGGAACAAACUCAAAGAGGUGGAGAGGAAAUUGAGUAGGACUCCUGCCUGAUCCCCCACUGUGGUAGGAUGAAUGUAGGGGUGGCACACAGUGAAGUGAACCCCAACACUCGAGUGAUGAAUAGCCGGGGCAUCUGGCUGGCCUACAUCAUCUUGGUAGGACUGCUGCAUGUGGUUCUACUCAGCAUCCCCUUCUUCAGCAUUCCUGUUGUCUGGACCCUGACCAACGUCAUCCAUAACUUGGCUAUGUAUGUCUUCUUACAUACUGUGAAAGGGACACCCUUUGAGACCCCUGACCAAGGAAAGGCUCGGCUCCUGACACACUGGGAACAGAUGGACUACGGGCUCCAAUUUACCUCUUCCCGCAAAUUCCUCAGCAUCUCUCCUAUUGUACUCUACCUCCUCGCCAGCUUCUACACCAAGUAUGAUGCUGCUCACUUCCUCAUCAAUACAGCCUCAUUGCUCAGUGUACUGCUGCCUAAGUUACCCCAAUUCCAUGGGGUUCGUCUCUUUGGCAUCAACAAAUACUGAAGGAUGGGGCUGGGGAUGACACUGGACCAAAGGGCUGUAACAUCCUUUCCUUCUCCAUACUGUCUUCUGUAUCUUCAAAGCCUGAGAACUAUACCACCUUUCCCAAACUCCCAGGAAGAGAACAGAUAGGAAAAUGGGCCUCCCUGGGCCCAGCCCUGCUAACAGCAGGUUUCUUUAAAUCAGGAAAGGCGGGAAAGAUAAGGGCCAAAUCACUCUUUUUUCCACAGAAGGAAGCCAAGUUUGGGCAGCUUGUUUGGUGAUUUAAGUUUUUCUAGAUCUUCCACUCCCACUACCUUCCAGCUUUGUUUUACUGUGUAUUUUCCUUAUAAUAAAGAUAAUUUUUUUUCA